CAAUUUAACUUGAAUAAACCUCUAUAUAUCAAUAAAUAAGGUUGUAUUAACAGCGUUACUAUUGUUGUGGUGAGACGUGUCAGUGAGUGUGUUGUUGUUGUUGUUGCAGGUGUCACACCUCUACAAGGUAGCAACGUACUCUGUCGUACUGUCAACCUCAGAAUGAUCUCGGACGUUCAGCUGGCUGUAUUCGUAAACAUCCUAGGGGUUUCUCUCUUCCUUAUGGUUGUCCUCUACCAUUAUAUAUCUGCCAACAACCCCAAAACACACUAAGACACUCAUGUGGAUGAGGCAUUGCAUCUGUGAGGGAAGGUAUGUAAAAUAGUCAUUAAGUGUGAAAAGAUGGGGAAGAGAUAUUAUUGUGACUAUUGUGACAGAUCAUUACCAUACAGUGUAGAGGCCCGCAAGAAACAUGAUUAUGGACACCAUCAUCAGAAGUUAAAAAAACAUCAUUUUGAUCAGUUUAAAUCGGCCAGAGAACAAUUGCAAGAUGAAUUAUCAAGGGAGAAAUGUCGCCGUUUUCAUUCAGGCCAAGACUGUUCCUUUGGGGACACGUGCAUAUACUCCCACCUCACAGAUAUUGACAUAAGCAAUCUAAAACAACAAGCCAGGGAAGAGGAAUUGCAGUUGAAGAAAUUGAGGCUUCCCACUCUUGUGAAAAAUGGCAAGGAACCAUCACUUGAAUCAUGGCUUUCAAGGAAAGAGCAAAAGGUGCAGUCAACCUCAGAUUAUCCAGUGGAAGACAGCACUGACUGGGAACUGAAGUACACUAUUCCACCAAAUGUCGUUGUUUCUUGCCUUCCACCCUCGCUCAUUCCACCAUCUGCAGAGAGUUUGUUACAGUAUGAGUUUGUGGACUGGGGCUGAUGCUUUAAUAUAAUUGUUUGAUGUUAUUCAUAAUUUCUUUUUCUUUAUGGACUAUUUUUGAAGACUUUAAUAAAAAUAACUGAUAAUUAAA